UCAAACUGUGCCAUGUGAGCUGCAUCACGCAAGGGAUCCAGCACUAGCUAGCUCCGGGCAGAUCAGGAACACAUUGCCCCAAAGCCCCCAACGGAUUAGAGAUGGUGGCUGCCAUAGUUGCCGUGGUUGUGGCGGUUGUGUGCUUGCGGCUGCCGGCGGUGGCUCGCGGGCAGCUCCAGGUGGGCUUCUACAACACGAGCUGCCCCAACGCGGAGUCGCUGGUCCAGCAGGCCGUCGCCAGCGCCUUCGCCAACGACUCCGGCAUCGCCGCCGGCCUCAUCCGCCUCCAUUUCCAUGACUGCUUUGUCCGGGGAUGUGACGCCUCCGUGCUGCUCGUGUCCGCCAACGGCACGGCUGAGCGCGACGCGGCCCCGAACAAGCCGAGCCUCCGGGGCUUCGAGGUGAUCGACGCCGCCAAGGCCGCCGUGGAGAAGAGCUGCGCGCGCACCGUCUCCUGCGCCGACAUCGUGGCCUUCGCCGCCCGCGACAGCAUCAACCUCACCGGGCAGGCCGCGUACCAGGUCCCCUCGGGCCGGCGCGACGGCAACUUCUCCCUCGAUCAGGACGCGCUCAACAACCUGCCUCCGCCCACGUUCACGGCGCAGCAGCUCGUCGACCGCUUCGCCAACAAGACCCUCACCGCCGAGGAGAUGGUCAUCCUCUCCGGCGCCCACACCGUGGGUCGCUCCUUCUGCAGCUCCUUCCUCGCCCGCAUCUGGAACAACACCACCGCCACCGUGGACACGGGGCUGAGCCCAGCGUACGCGGCGCUGCUGCAGGCGCUGUGCCCGUCGAGUCCGAACGCGGCCACGACGACGGCGGUCGAUCCGACAACGCCCGCGGUGCUGGACAACAACUACUACAAGCUCCUGUCGCUCAACCUCGGCCUCUUCUUCUCCGACAACCAGCUGCGGACCAACGCCACGCUCAACACGUCCGUGAACAGCUUCGCGGCGAACGAAACGCUCUGGAAGCAGAAGUUCGUCGCGGCCAUGGUGAAGAUGGGGAACAUCGAGGUGCUCACCGGCACCCAGGGGGAGAUCCGGCUCAACUGCAGCGUCGUCAACAACCGGUCGUCGGUGGCAGCCCCCGAGGCUCAGAUGGCUCGCCACUACUACUCGGGAUCCACCGCCUCCAUCGAGGAGAUCGCGACCAGCUGAUGACAUUAAUUUGCCAUACGUGUGCAAUUCGUCCCACCACUCUAUUGUGUUUGCAUGCUUCGUCCCACCACUAUGUUAGGUUAAGAUCACUAAAUAUGAAUGUAUGCGUACGGUGUACACGCAUAUGUACCUCUGCUUUUCCCUACGCGUGAAUAAAACGAUGCUCUAUUUGCGCACCUU